GUGGCGUUGCCACAUGUUUCAAGCAACAGCUGUCUUUCGUCUUCCUCUUGCUCGUCGUGCUCCAACAUACAAAAACGAUGGCACUGCGUGUUUUUGGAUUAAAUAUAAUAAAAAAUAACAGAAAUAUAUUACAAAAUGUAGGCAAAACCAAUGGAGUGCCCACUAAUCAAGGGGCGGCAGCGGCUUUAUACGCUACCCAGGUGACCGUGGAGGCUGCACCGGCAGCGGUGCAAAAGCAGAAAGUAAGCAAAGCCAUGAAGUCCUAUCUAAAGCGAGCAAAUGAGCACGACGAGUUCAUGAAAACGCAACACUUGGAGUUUCAAAUUGGCAAACGACACUUGGCCAACAUGAUGGGCGCCGACGCCGAGACCUUUACACAAGAAGAUAUUAAUGAAGCCAUUUCGUAUCUGUUCCCCUCCGGUUUGUAUGAUAAGAAAGCGCGUCCUACUAUGAGAACACCCGAUGAAGUAUUUCCAGCACGCAAGGCAGCUGAGUUCGAUGAAACGGGUCGUCCGUUUCACAGCAUGUUCUAUACGGCAAAGCCUAACUUCUUUCAACUGCUGCAUGACAUUGUAGAGGAAACCAACAAGCUGAAUGAUCUGGAAGAGCGUAUGCUGCGGCGUGGCAACAAACCCGAUGAGAACCAAAAGCUUGAGACAGCUGGCUUUCAGCUCUUGCCGAAGGAGCACCUGGAACGAGUGCUGGUGGAGCAAAUUGCCGACAUUGAGUAUCAGAACUUUAGCAAUAGCAUGGAGCGUUUAAUUGCCUCACCUUAUGCCUAUAAAAGCAAAGCGUUUAUUGAACGCUUUUUAAAGCCACUCAUCGAUCAGUCCAAGCAAUUGGAAGUACCCAAACCCAAGAUUGAUGAGCAGGGGCGUCAGUAUAUAACAACAUACGAGUGUUUGCGCAAAACAGCGCGUGCCGAUGUUACUGUGCGUCUGCCAGGUACUGGCAAGAUAACCAUCAAUGGCCAGGACAUCUCAUACUUUAGUGUGGAGCAGAGUAAAGAGCAGCUGCUCUUCCCGCUGCACUUUUGCGACAUGCUGGGCAAAGUCGAUGUGGAGGCCAACGUGGAGGGCGGCGGUACAUCCGGUCAGGCGGGCGCAAUACGCUGGGGCAUCGCCAUGAGCUUGCGCAGCUUUGUUGAUCAAGAGAUGAUUGAGUCAAUGCGUUUGGCCGGCCUGCUGACACGUGACUAUCGCCGGCGGGAGCGCAAGAAGUUUGGACAGGAGGGCGCACGUCGCAAAUACACAUGGAAGAAGCGUUAGAGGAUACUGCAUUCGUCAAUUUGUUUGCAUUUGUUUCUUAAAUCCAAUACAAAAACUAA